AUGGAUACGAAGGGCUAUGCCAUCCACGCACCCUCCGAUCGGCAUGUGCAGCCGCUCACUAGGAUCGCCUCUACGCCGCAGCCGCACCUGAUCCUCGACUGCAACGAGCGCAUCAUCGCAUACAAGUUCCAGGUACCAAUCGCCCUCAUCGACAAGCUUGCAGAGGCGAGCGAGAAGCUUCCACCCAAGAGUGCCAAGGCACACCAGGGCGGCCACUUCGAGUGUUCCCACUACGCCUUCGAGGCCUUCCUCAAGGCGAAUGAGGACCUCUUCUGGCAACUGAGCAGCCGACUCCGCCUCCUCAGCCCCGAGCUGUAUCGCCGAUACGGCAGGGUCGACAAGCACCUUAGCGAGUCACAGAAGCGCCUCGGUGGUGCCUGGCACGGAACCGUCGUCAACCGGCAGAUCGGUAACUCCGACGAGCUCCGAGCACACAAGGACUGGAAGGACUGGCCGAAGGGACUUAACGCAGUAGUGCCAUGGGGCGACUAUCAGGGUGGCGCGCUCACCAUGUACAACCUGGGCCUACAGUGGGAGAUGCGACCUGGUGACGUGAUCUUCUUUGGAGGGCGCGUGGUGUCGCACGGCGUAGAGGAUGUCCUGAGUGGCGUGAGGAAUAGCCUCAACCUAAUGGUGCAUACGAGCACCAUCCGCUGGGUAGAGAAGCAGGAGUUGGACGAGAACGAGGAGCUUGCGAAACGGCAAGGGAAGAAGAAGCUGGGGAGGAACAGGAGGAGGGAUCGGGAGGAGGACUCGACCGGUAGUAGAUAG